AUGUUCUUCACCAAGUCCGCCGUUGUAUUCUCCGUCCUUGCGCUUUGCAAUGUAGCAGUUGCCGCUCAGCCGCCUGCUUGUUUACUUGCCGUCGUGGGCGACGAGCCGAACCCCGCAGACUUGAAGACCAUUUGCGUCAAGAAUGGAGAUAAGAUUCAAAAAUUGAUUUCGAAGAAGUGCGACGAUGACAAAAAGGAUGCUUUGUCGCACUUUUCCGACACCUGCUCUUCCAACGGAUACAAAGUCGAUGUCAGCACCUCAACCACCGUGUCCGGAUCUACUACCACCGCGACAUCCGGUUCUCAAUCGACCAAGACUGGCUUUACCACCGCUACCGCGACUUCUGGCUCUAGCUCCUCAAGCACCUCUAGCUCCUCCGACUCGGCUUCUAGCUCCGCAUCCGCUGACACCACGGUCUCUGCGGGUGCGUCUGAUAGACAUGUUUCCGCGGCGGCUUUCGCGGCCGUUGUCUUUGUUGGUUUCGCGGCUACCAUGUGA